CCAGGGGCAUCUCUUGUUGCACAACUGCAGUUAGUUGGCUGGGCCUGCUGAAGUGAGCUUGUGAUGAGUCAGAGAGCUUUCAACAAAGAAGAUUUGACUGAAAAAGGAAAAAAUGUGAUACUAAUCUUAUUUUUGCUGCAAUUUUCUGAAUGGAUAUAGCAAGAAGAGAAGCAAAUAAAAGGGAUCAAUACAAUAUGUGUGGGAGGGAUAAUAGAAGAGACACGUUGGUGAGAAUUGCAACACUGGAAUGCCAAGCAGGCCCUGAAUGAGCUACUGGAACUGCUGCCCUGAAACUCUCUCACUGCAGUCCAGCUCCAUACGCCUGUGUUGCUUUUUGCUUAACCAAAGGUCGGUGUGACUUAAGGGAUGCUGUGUGAGGAGGAGGCUUUUCCUGAGCAAGGCAGGAAGGCUCAGCUGGGCCUGCUCUGCUUUCAGUGCCCUGUGCAGUAGCUUCUGUUGCUUCUCCCACGCCAUUGUUCUUACAUCAUAGUCACAGCAAUCUCCUGUCCACCAGUGGCACAUCCUGCGUGCUUUGGCUUCUUGUAGGCUUGAAGUUUACUGGAACAUAUUGGGAAGCCUUGUACGAAUUGGAUGUUUUUAGUUUUUCCUGAUUUACAUACUGCUCUCUGCAGAUGCAUGUGUUCUUCUCUGCCAUAGUAUGUUCUUCAAAUGUGUGCUGUGAUUCUGGCUCACAAAUAAUUCUUAAGAUAAAAAGAAAUGCAUGUAAUGAGCAGCCUUUGUUGUCAAAGUACUAUGAAGAGAGUCACUAUUUUUUUCAGAGCUAGUUAUGCAAGAGUCAGAUAUCCCUUAAGUGGGGCAGAUAUAAGAGUCAGUGAAGUUCCCUUUUCUGGCCCAAGGUGGAAAAAAGCAGGUUGCCUUCAGACAUUUUCUGCUAGCUUUCCAAGACUCUUAUUUCUGUUUGUAUUAAAGUCUGAAAAAAAUAACAGUUCAGUAAUUUGGCCUUCUGUUCUUUCCUCCACAUGUCAACUGGGUGUAAUGACUGUUCUUUAUUUCUUAGAUUUCUUAUUCAAUGCAUGUGGGGGGAAAAAAUAUUGAGUACUCAUUAUAUGCAGAAAUGCAGCUCCAAUUCUAAAUUGGAGCUCUGCAAAUCUGAAGUGAAUUUGCACCUAUAGUCAGCUUUCACUGCACUCAUGUGGAGGUAGUAACAUUCUAUGCAUCUCAGAGACACUGCAGUGGUAUAUUGGAUGUGAUCAGGAUGUGUGUGCCUGCACGUUAAUAUCUUAAAAGUAUUUCACUUUCUGCUAACAGUGCAUUCUGAAUAUGUUGAAUAUGAAACUGGUGUUACAUUAUUAUUUAUUAGUUUCUGGAAAAAGUCAGCUACAAUUAAUGUUAAAGAUUGGGCAACGUGUAGUGCUCUUCUGCAAUGGAAAUAGUGUCUAUAAUUAGGCAGCUUGAUGUGUUUGGAAAUCUGGCUAGUGAUUUGUGACAGUUUCCUGGUAUAACAUUAUCCGUGUAUGAGGAAAGAAGCCAGGCUGUGGAAUGACCUUAUAUUGCCACUGCAGUCAGUGUGUUAGGACUGCUAAUCCCAACCAGAUGGUUGAGCACUGUGCCCAUACUAACUGAUAAACAAGAGCAAGGACUUAGUGUUUCAGCUUUCGCUUUUACUUCUCUAGUUUUGACUGGGGGAGGGGUAGGUUCAUUUCAGGAAAUUAUUUUCAGGGAUGCUUGCGUUCUGUCUGAAAGUAUUUACUUCUGACUGGAAGAUUUCAUUUACAUUGAACAAUAGGCUCAAAUGGGGUGGGAUUUUUGUUGCUGUUUUUUUGUUUGUUUUUGAAGGCUGCAGGAUGGGUACAACAUGUUUAUCUUUGCCUCCUUUGUUUGAUUGUUUGGUCAUUAGUCUUGACAGGCUGUUAGAGGUAGGGAAAUAUACAGUUCUGCCAUGUAGAAUUAAAUUCUGCAUCUCCCUGAAUCUUACCAUUGUUGCCAGACAGAUGUGGGACAGAAAAAUUUCAAUGCUUAGAUAAUUAUUCUUCAUUCUAAAAUAAAUUAAUUGCUUAUUACCUAAAUUAAUACGGCGUCAGUCAUGAACAGAACAUUUAUGUCCUUAUUUGCAGAUCUUAAGAAAAUGUACUGCAGUUACCAAAACCCAAUACAAAUGAAACGACUAAGUUCUGUUAGAUUUAUAGUCUAUUAUGUGCCUUGCUUAAUUGAUAGUUUUUAUGGUUAGCUGCAAAAAAAUUAAUUGCAUUCCUUUGGUAGCUGUUAAUUUGUUUUCAUCAUGCUGAUACUGGAUUCCAGCAUUGCGUACUGCCAUUGAACAACGUACUGAGUAAGGGCUACAGAUGACGUGCUAUGAAAAUUGGCUGAGAUGGUGUAUAGUAUUAUACUGACAUUGCAGUAUUUUUUAUAGAAAGAUGUUUCAAAAAAAUGCUCUUUUUAAGGGCAAGUUUGAUGAAUAUGUUGGGCUGAGUAUGAUGCUGAUCAGAUUAAAACUGGCAAAGCAUAAAUGAUACAGAAAUUGGAUCGAUAUCUCAAAGGGACAGGCAAAAGCUUCUGUCUAGUACAAAAUAGAAUUCUUUAAAUUCAAAGGACUGUUUUAUUGAAGUUUUGCUGUAGACUAAAGGAAUUAUGCUAAAGACCCAAGUUAAAGGCUUGUGAGACUUCUAUCCAGAAGACUCUCUGCUACAGAACUAAAACCAAGUAUGACUGGUAUGAAUGCAGACCUCACAAUUUCUCUGCCUGCAGAUGUUCAAGACUUCAUUUAAUGAAGGAAUGGAGGUCUUGAACAUGACGAGUAAAGGUGGGACAAAUGACUUGGCUCCAGGGUCUCAACACGGAUCUUUUCAUUUGGAUCUCCCAUGUCAUAUAUGACCUGUAUGUGAACUAGCAUAAGGUUAGAGGCAGGAAAACAGUAUGCUUGGAGCAUAAGACUUAAUAUUUAUGGCUCCAGUCUUCAAGGAAGCAUCCUUGGCAUGCUUUUCUUGCUGAGCUGUUAUGCCUCUUCAGUGCAUUUUCACAGGUGUUGCAUUGUGAACCCAUCCAGAAACCCCCUUGGAAAUGCUUCUUUUUAUAGCUGAGAUUAGCUAGUUGUUUUUAAAGUAAGGGUUCAUGUGUAACUGCCUGCUUGGUAAACAACAGCAUGCCAGCAUGAGGAUUGGACUGAGCUUGGAGUAAUUUCUUUGGAAACUGUUAUGGUCAUGCAGCCUACAUCAUGCCCGGCUGUCUAAAACUCCAAGCUGAGCCUUACUUUGUCAUAGUUAAACUUACCAAGAUGUUUUCUAAUAAUUCAAAUUAAUGUGUUGGGUUUUUUUUUUCCCCCUGUUUCUCUCAUUACAAGCUGAAAAUCACCUGACUAAACUCUUUCCAUUUUUGUUGGUGUCAUAGUUCACAUUGAAAAGUAAAUGUUUUCUGUGGUUAACAGCAACGACUUAGGGAUGUUGCUGAGUAACAAGAUGAAUGCCUACCCACCUGUUUUGUAAAUGGCCAAUGUUCAGACCAACUCUAUAUGUAGAGAUCAUAUCUAGAUUUUGUGCUUUUUUUUUUUGUGAUUAUGACUUUAAAAUUUGGUAAUGUGACAUGCAUAUCAAGUUGCAUUGGGCCAUGCUGCCUUCUGUUGGAAUUAAAUUACUUUGCUGUUUGGUUAAAAUGUCCCUGGGUUACAGUGGCUGUCUCUCUGCUUUUAGUUACUUAGCUGUCCUUGCAAAUCAGAGUAACUGAAAUCAUCUGAUAUGUUCUGAAUUACAAUAAAUACCAUAUAUGAGGGCAAGUGUUCAUUAAAAAAAAAAAAAAAAAAAAAAAAAAAACUUGUAUUAUUUAAUAUUUGCUCCAAAUAAAACAGGAUCACGUGAAGGUAUUGUCACAGGAUAAGGGACAAAAAAUUUACAAGACUAGGCAUGACUGUCUGGUGUCUCCAUAGGCACUGUUAUUGUAGAAAAUAGAACUAAAUAGUCACUGGGCUGUAUGGUGGCUACUGAAAAUGGGGAGACAGAGAUGGGGAAGAGGGAAUUCUCACUGAGCACACUGUGUACCUUGUUGCUUCAGAAAUUGGAGGCUUUAAUUUGAAUAUGAUGGAUUCAAUUACUGAAAACGGUCUUCAUCUUGCCUGGAAUGGGGAGAGCUAGUGAAGUUGCUGCUGCCAUGUGAGUUUCAUAGAGGGAAGAUGUCAUUUUAGAGGGUCUUCCACCUUUUCUGAGUUCUUUCUAAUUUUGCUCAGGAACAAGUAUCACUAGGGUGCAGAAGACAGAGUUAAUGCUCAGGUGAAUUCAUUUGAAAUGAUACUGAAUCAGUAAAGACCAAAGGUAUCAAUAUGCUACUGGAAAGAAUAUAGAUAGAAACCUGCCUCUGCCUGGCUUCCACGUGUGUUUGGACAAUGUUUAUGGUGCAGGAAGAUGCUGAAGUCUCCUCUUACUGUAUUCCUGCUGUUUUGUUUUUUUUUUCAGUUCCCACUUCAGAUGUUGUUCAAGCUAGAUGCAGAGAGCAGGCAAGGACUAACUGUGUUUUAUUUCUUUGCAGCUUCUCAAAGAUUUCUUCAAAGAGAUAAUAUUGUGUUGGAACUAUCAUUUAUGUAAAAUGGCAGUAUAUUAUGCCAGAGAUGAUUACUUUAAAUAGAUGUCCAUAGUCCAUGAGCUGUAUAGAGCUGUAGGUGGGAGUCAGGUUUCUUAUCAGCCAUGGAAAAUCAUCAGAAAGUGGUGACCAGGUCCUAGAUGGAGCCUCGCGGGUUGGUCAGGCUAGAUGUUGCAGAUGUUUCUUCCUGGGAGGAUGACUGGGGUGGCAGGAAAUGGGCUGGUCCUUAACAGCUUUAGCUAAAGCUAGUCCAGCAUUCAAAUAUGAUAUGAAAAUGAAUGGAUAGGGAACAAGCCAUAAUUAUGAGUAUUUUGUUUUGCUUCAAGUUUCAUUUUUCAGAUUCUUGUUUCUUGGAGAAGAAAACCUGGGGUCAGCCAAAAUGAAAGAACAUUCUCCUAAGUUAUCAUUUCCUGAUUACAUUUGCAUGAAUGUUCAGUAAUUGCUUGUCAGUCAGCUUCAUUCAAAUAUUGCUGUAGUGCCUUAGCAGAAAAUCCAGGUGCCCUUAACUGCAGGAAAAUACCCAUAGCUGCAGCAGAGGCCAAAUCUUAUUGAGAUGUUUUCUGUACUCUGGUGCAAUUGUAAUGCUAGAAAUACUGACUUCUAGCGCUGUAAGCUAACAUUCACUUUGAAGUGAAAAAGACAGCUUAGGAAAUUUGGAGCAGAGAAAAAUGAGGCAACCGUUAGCAAAUGGCAGAGAAAUCUGUCUGGAAAGAAGAAAAGGUUCUCUUUUACAAAUACAAUCCUUCAUACCAAGCCCCUGUUCCCGAAACUUCUUUUUUGUAUGUGUGGACUGCACCAAGAAGCAGGUUGAAUAUUUGUCUGUGGAGAGAGAAUGGUUUUCUUUCCCACUGAGUAUUUCUUCGUGUCUUUUCCAGUAAGAGAUGCUGUAUAUACUGACAUAUGAAGUAUGAUAAGGAGCAGUGAUAGAUGUCUAGUUGCAGAAAAGCCUUUGCAUCUAUGCUCAAUUUUUGCUGCACAGAACCUCUACUGGUAAGAAAUAUUAACCCCAGCUAUUUUGGAAAUACUUUUCCUCUCAAAUUUACCAUCUGUGUCAAAGUUUGGGAUUUACUUUCACUCAGUUAAUUCCCUGAAUAUAGAGCUCAGUUAUCAGCCUUAUUCAUAUGCAUUUUGAACUUUGUGAUAUGUCUUAGAAGAGUUUUAAAUAACUCGUAAGUCUUGAAAAGAGCUUUUCUUCCUCCAUACCCACAGCUGGUUUUCCUGAUGCUUGUGCUCUUUAGCAGCAAGAGCAAGACAGUGCCUUUGAUAAUGAAGCAAUACUGAAUUUUGAAUACUGACUUGCUUUCCCUGGAACAGCAUUAAGAAAUUUAAGAGAUUUGAGUGCCAGAUGGAGAUUAGAGGAAGAAAAUGAAAUUGAAAUCAGGAAGCAGGGAGAGACAGGCUUCAGCUCACCUUCAUACCAUUUCUCCCCAAGUGGAGAAGAGCACUGUCAGCAAUUGACCUGCCACAUGGUGCUUGUAGUUCUGCAAAAAGUGCCAAGCCAGUAUGCCAUUUUCUAAAGCUUAUGAUUUUCUAAAGCCUUUGAAAGAAAACAUGCAUGAGUUUAAACAGGGGAAGGGGGUGCGGGGGAGCUAGGGUAAGUGAUCAAGCAUUCCUAACAUGUGCCUCCUGCUGUUUUGUUGGACAGUUCUCCACAUGCCUGUAAUUCAGCUGCCUGGAAACAGGUUCUGCUGAGCCACUGCAGGGCACUAACACAUUCACUGCCAGAGAUGGGUGCAGAUAGAGGAAAGCAACUGCAAACUUGCCAGGUGGGUUAAUGUAGUGCUGCGUCUACAGUAAUAAAUAAUAGCCUUGCCAUGACUCAGGAGAUAUUUGCUCAGGCACAACACUGGACUGGUACGUGCCUGGCUGAUGGAGAAGGAGGCAGUUUCCUUGCACAUGUCUGGCCAGGAGAUGUACCUGCCUUUGUCCCCCAGGCAUCCACAUCCCAAGGAGAUGAGAUCCUACCUCAUCAGCUGUGAGCAGAAAUAAAAUUGGGUUGGGGGGUGGGGGACAUUGCUGGCAGCUGUUGAGCUUGCCUGGUAGGAGGGAUUGUGGCCUGUAUACUGUCUCUACAAGUAGGUGAAAAGCAAUGCAACAGGGGAGAGCUGCUUUCUUGUCAGGACAGCAACAUCUGACAAUUGAGUUUGGUGAGCAGGCAGUCAAAAUAUUGUGAUGGGGGAUGUGUGGCAACCAUUCUUUUAUGUCUAUACUAUGGCUUUUAGCAGCUAAAUUAUGGGGAAAAGUAUUGUAUAUUUAUGCAGUAGUGAUUAAAAUAUAGAAAUACCAUUUUUUUCAUGCCUCAUUUCUAGUCAGUGGUUAUCUAAUGCGUGCAUUUUUUCUCCUUCUGCACUUCAGUACUGACUGUCCCUCAUGAAAGAUCCAGUAGUUUCACCACCAGUUCCAUCUAAUUGCCUUUAAAAUACAAGAUUUUUUAUGACUUACUCAUUUUUCAGUUUCAAGUGGUUCAAGAUUAAUUGGAACAAAAUAGAUGACUGCUGUGUGUCUGUGGUGUCAAUGAAACCCACUUUGGGGGCCAGUAAGAUGGGUUCAUCUGAUGGAAACUUCUCUGUAUGUAUCUGACCCUGAAUGUUUUCUGUGAUAAUUCAAGAAUACUUUUAUAUGGGGUAAGUACAAAAGAGUUGUCAAGCCCCAGAUGUUGCAACUGUUGCAUCAUAGUGAAUUUAGCAAGGGAUCAUGCUGUUUCCAUAGAAAGAAAAGAGAAUACAUUCCUGAACUGGACAGUUUUAAAGAUUUUGAACCAGGGAAUGGGCAACAGAAUUCUGUCUGUGUUUUCCUUCUGUUCAGACAAAUCGGGGGGGCCUUUCGGUGUUUCCUGUCUUACUUUCUGAAGCUGUCAGCUGUAAGAGGUCAGCAUGCUCUGAUGGGUGCUGGCAUGGGUUUGUGUGCCUGUCAUGGUCUUUUAUCCUAUUUUUAGAAAGCUAUAUGGAUUACAAAGUCAGGGCAAUUGCAUCCCUGCUUAUGCAAGAGACUUUUCUUGAAGCUCCCCACCCAAAACAAACUGUGCUUUUCAAAAUCGUUCUGAGUACAGCAGAGCAAUUUGCUGGAGUCCUGUAUGCCUUGCUUUACACCAUCAGCUUCUUACGCUGUCUCAUCUUCCCGUGCCUUCCCUGCUUCCCUCAGCUCUCACAUGGUCUGCCUGGCCCUUUUUGCACUGCACUGCCCCAAGGCCCUGCACUGGGAUGGGCAAGAGGCAGUGUUGUCAUGGGUCUCACAGCUGCAGAGUACUGUUUGGGUGCAUGCACUGAUUGGCCUGCUGGCAACCGCAAAAAAAAGCAGCACCUUUAACUGUGAGAUUCUCUGAGAUGCUGCCCAGUGGGCUUUUUCACCUGGCAUUUGUUUUGGGAUAUGGAAAUGAAAAGAUUGUUAAAGCAGCUGAAAUGACUUGGAUGUUGAUUAUGUGGAAUUGUAAUAUCCCCUGUUCCGGAUGCCACGCAGUUCAUAAUCUUCCUGUAGCAACAGCAUAAUUUGGCAUCUCCACCAGAGCAGUCACAGAGGGUCUGGAUUAUUUAGUACAGAUGGAACAAAUUUUGUGCUGUUCUCAAGAGUUGGUUAAUUUGCAUUUAGGCUGUUCUCUGACCUUCUCACUCAGAGAAAUGGUUCUUCUUCACUGCAGUUAUCCACGUGAAAAACAAUGUAAAAGACCUACAUGCGACAAGGCAACAACACAUAUCAGGGAAUCAUAAGUUCUGUUUUAAGAUGACAUGAGUUAGAUACCAGAAGACAAGCAGUAUGACUAAAACACAGCAUUUUGGUGUGGACAGUGCUUUAAAUGAGUGCUGCCUUUUCAUUGGCAUUGUAUUUCCAUGUAUCCUUGAAAAAAGCUGCUGUGAAGCUUUCACUAGCUAAUAAGGAUUGUGUCAUGGAAGGGCUGGCUAACAGUUGCAGUUGGAUUGAAUUUCUUUGCUUUAGAUCAAACUUGGUUUAUUUUUGAACCCUACGAUUCUCCUCUGAUCUUGAGCAUCUAGCAUCUGUGGUUUGCAAGUGACUCUUCAGCUGGGAUCAGCAGGGCUGCAUUCUGUGGUGUUUUCUUCUAACCCAGAGCCACUACAGUCUCUCCAGCUGGACCUGGUCCAGGGCAGGGCAAGUGGCUACCCACGCUGCAACCCCACCAUGGCCUCUCUGCAGGGCAUGUGCUCUGGCUGUGAUGGCUCUUGCCCACCAAGAAGGGCUUUUUCUUCCUAUCUGACUGCAUGCCAUGAGACUCCUGAAACUGAGAUUACUGGACCUUCAGAACAGGCUGCUUGCAGUUUUGAAGGAAAACUCUAACUGAACCAUAAAGUUCCAGUUAAUUAUUUUUCUUGCUGCUGUUGUUUUUUGUUUUUACUGCUGCUGACAGACUAUUUACCACAGCAGCUACCUCUGCCCUCUCCCACAGGGAUACUGUUGUUUCUAAUGCUUCUACUUUUUUUAAAAAAAAAGUUUUCUAAAGAAGAAAAUGAAGCUUUUAUAUUUUCUUUCCAUGUUUAUUGUUUUAUAUUCUUCCUGUCUUUUCAAGACAUCAGCAGGCCUCAGAAGCAGCCCUUCUGAAGCUGGAGGUCAUUUCCAAGUGAAAAAAGUACGAAAGCAACCCCUAGUGCUUCCCCAGCCUCCUUGCACCACCCAAGCCAGGGCACUGUCUUUUCUCAGUAGCCUUCCCCAGGUCAGUAGGGUGAUAGGACACCGAAAGUUUUGGUUUUAAUUUAGAUGCAGCCCUUGAAGUAAGGGUGGCUGCUCAGAGCACUGUGCAUUGUACUCAGACAACAGAAGUCUUACAGGAAUUCAUUUUAAUCAGAACAAGGGUUUGGGCUGAAAUAUGUUUCAUUUGUCAUGUGUGUGGCCUUCUGUUCUUCAUACAACAUCAGAAUGAGAAAUCAUCCCUUUGAACUGUGUUGCUUUGUAUGAAAGGAAAACUGUUCAGGCCUUAGGUUUCCUUGCUGUGUCUGCAGUGAGGGUUGCAGGACCACCUCUGCAGCAUGCCUCGUGUGCCCUCUAGCUGCUGCAGGCUGUCUGGAGAGCUGAAAUAUCUCAGUUUUACAUAAACUUCACUUGCUGCAUUCUGGUUUUGGACUCAGCAAGCAGGUUUUGAAAACAAAUUAUUGGACAAUUGCAGUUAAGGACACAGUAGAGAGCAAGUGGCUGAUUAUAGUCACUACUGCCUUGUUUGCACUGCUACUGCUGUGAUGAUCCAAUAGAAAAAACUUGUGCUUGCUGCUCAGGCAGGGAAUUUGUUGCUUUAAAAGGUAUGUGCUUAGAGUUUAAAUGUUCAGCUGAAGCAGGGGGGAGCAAUGUGUCAGCUAUGACACAUUCUGUGAAAUAGAGAGAGAUGAGGGGUUAGAAAUGCUCUGUGUGGCAGGGAGCAGCGGGUUAGGGGUUUUUGGCUCAGGUUUUUGUUACUCUGUGGACAACAGAUAGCUACCAGCCUGCAGGCACAGUUAGCUGGGGAGCUGCUGGCUCUGACUGCUUUGUGCUUUUUUCCAUCCCAAAGGAGAUUCAGUGCAACAAAAUACCACUGUAACCUCUCAGAGAUAAGCACUGGACAGCCACAUUGCUGUGACAGAAAAGAGUAGUCACACCAUGGGGUAUUGCAGGACCAAUACAUUUUGUUGUCUUUUUUUAAUCAGUCUUUUUGUGUGGUUUCUUUUCUUGAAGAUAAACAUCCAUGAGCUGUACUUGUUUGUCCUGCUCCAGGGCCAUCUGUUCUUGCAGCCAGUACUGUAUCUCUGCAGUUCAUCUGGACAGGGCAUUGACGCAGGCUGUGAGUGAACCCUCUCACUGCUACUAGUGGUUGCAGAGCUGUAGUCAUUCCCAUCUCAGUCAUCAUUUCACAAUUGUGCUUGGAGGUGAGGCAUAGAAUGACUGUCAGCUGCAGGCAGGACAUGUGCUGCCUGGGGGUAUGGUACUACCAGCCUGGGUGCUGCCUGCAGGAGCAAGAACAAGAGCUUGAAAUUGGUCAUUUCAUAGGGUGGCAGUGCUGGAGGUAUCCAGGCAGGUUUAGGGCCUCUCAGACAGCUGUAGCUAUGGGCCCAGGUGGAGCAUAUCAGUGGUGAUGGGAUGCUGCUCAGCUGGCUGGACACCAGGAGGUAGUGAUGAUGGGGUUGCUGUUCUGGGGAAGGCUGUGCUGCUGGAAAAGUGACAUCAGCCCCCUGUUCAGCCCAUGGGCAGAGCAUGAGAGAGGUCCCUGUGGCUGUGUGUGCAGGCCAGGAUGGCAAGAAGGGCAGGAGGGAGCUGAAAUGGUGUUGGGCUGUAAUCUACACAACUGUUUCUCUUGCAGCUGUCUUCUGAGCCUUUUCCGUCACAAACACAAAGGGAGAGGGCCCUGUUCUUCACUUUCCCAGAGCAUGUUCAAAACCCUGCUUUUCUGGUACUGGAGGAAAGCCUAGCUCUUGCUGCCUGCUAGCUCCUGUACAACAUCUGCCUGACAGGAGGACAAGGCAAUAGCAGCACCAUGCUUGCAUAGUCCUCUCUUCCACCCCAGUGUCUUGACAGAAAAUAACAGAGGGACUUUGAACAAAAGGAAAUGUGACACACUUUGUUCCAAGCAGUCACCUUGACACUGCUGCUGUGUGCCAGAACUGGCUGUCCCUUCACACCUUGCAGUGGGACACUGAUACUAAAUGGGCUUUGGGGGAAACUGUCUGGACUGUGGAAUAGCAUGUGAACCAUGAAACAAAGAGAUUAAAUGCCCAUUGGGGUGGCUAAAUCUGCUAGCAUCUUCUGUUGCAAAGCAAGGUAAUUGACUGAUACUCCAAGUGCUAAAAAACCCAGAUCUGGAGCAUGCUGAGAUAGCAGUGUGAAUAUGAACCCUGCUUACUACAUGUUUGGCCAUGUCCUCGCUGCACCUGGGUGUAAUGGUGGUAGUGAAUGUGCCCUAAUGUGAAAGCAGGGUCCUCACAUGUGUGCCCUGUUGAUUCACUCCAGAUGAUUAGGAAAACCUUGGAUCAUAGGCAAGAAAACUUUAAAUUGAAGCAUUUCCAGAGAGCAGCACUGGACCUUGUGGAGAGGUAAGAGGGCUAAAAAUCUGUAUUAUAUUUAAGUGAUACUCCCUCUACUAAGGAAGACGGACUUUCCAUCUGUACUUAAACCACUGAUUUGGUGUGCUGAUGGAGUAAUUCAUUUUUGUAGCACCCUAGAAAAGAAGUUCCUUUACUCCGUUUAUAAUUUUGUGUGUUUAUCAUUUGUGUUUAUUGCUUUCUAUGUACCUGAUUACAAAAUUGACUAAAUUUGUGUUAAGAAUCUAUCCCAGUUACUUUUAAUUGCAACAUUAACUGCUUUGUUUUGGCUUAUUUCAUAGGAUUGAAUUAAUAUCUGAAGGAAUUAUAAUACUGUGUGUGUUGUUCUUAACAGCAUCUAUGACUUUAUUUCUAAGAUUGGAUGGAUCCUUGCUCAUAUGCUUACCAAGAUGUUUGUAAAUCAUUAUCUUCUAUUCAAGUCAGGCACACAACAAGUAAAGUUUCACCAGACCCACAGUUCAGCAGAGAAAGAGCAUUUGGUGCUCCUCUAGAAGCUCUCACAAAGAAUGCAACGCAAUGUGGAGUCCCCUCUCUUGUCACACAGAUGGUGGAGUACCUAGAAGUAUUUGGUCUGCAGCAUGUUGGUAUAUUUCGAAUCAGUGGUUCAGUGAAUAAAAUCAAGGAACUGAAGCAGAAGUACAAUCAGGGAGAAGAAGUAGACCUCAUUAAUCAUGGAGAUGUUGAUUCUGUGGCCAGCCUUCUGAAACUGUUUCUAAAUGAACUGCCAGUGGCUGUUCUUCCAGACAAUGUCUGUGCUGGCAUGCUAAAAGCUUUCCAAGAGCACAGGACCGACACUACAGAGUGCAUAAAGAAUCUGAGACAGUUAAUUAGCUGCCUUCCCAAAGCACAUCAAAACCUUCUCCAGUUCUUGUUUGCAUUCCUGUUAAAGGUAGCAACGUACAGUGCAGUGAAUUGCAUGACUCUGGAAAAUUUAGCCAUUGUGUUUGGACCUGCUCUUUUCAAGAUUCCCGUCAGUCCCUUGGCUUGUGAAGAACAAAGGCUUUACAAUGGCCUCCUGCUGUAUUUGCUUCAGCACUAUGAGAUGCUUUUUGUUGAUGUGAGCCCUUAUUUCUCACCAAGACAAGCAGAUGGCCUCCAGCAAGAGGAAAUUGGAAAUGUCUUGGAAAAGCCAAGAGACUUGGCAUUCAAUUUCAAUGACUGUUUUAGAAGGAACUUCACUCCCUGUAAUUCUGCAGAAUGUCACAGUCUGUCUGGGCUUGUGGUGAUGUGGGAAAGAAGUAUGGUGAAAAAAAUCCUUUCAAGUUCUUUAAUAAAAGUCCAGAUGAAGCAUAGCCACAAGGCACUCUCCUGCUCUGAGGAAAUCCAGCAUAUUGGAUAGGUACUCUUCAUCUUUCAUGAUAUAACAAUUGCUAAAAGUCCACUAAAUGAGAAACAUGAAAGUUAGGUUUACAAAGUAAACACAGUCAACGUGCAUGAACUAGUUCCAGCAAAGCAAGCAAAAAGUGAAAUGGCAAACGUGGCUCAGAUCCCUUGUUUCUUCCUGAAAAUGAAACUUGCUUUUAUUGGCUGUUUCUCCUGAAGUAACUUGAAGCAGUUACGCUGAUGUUUGCAUUUUCAGCUAUUUAAUUUGAGGGAUCUUUUUAUUGCUGUUGGGGUGCGCUUUUUGUAGAAGAUUAUGCCAUGUAAGUGAAUUAAAUUAUAAAUCAAACCUUGCUAGUAGUGAUUUGUCAUACUCUUUCAUCAUUAUUUCCAAAUCUUAUGUUCUGGGUUAAGAAACGACUGGAUCGAUUAUUUAUUUAUUUAUUUAUUUAUUUAUUUGGCAUGGAGUUUUAGAGUGCUUUUUCGUAUCUCAUCUCUGUGCUGAAGCAUGAUAGAUAAAUCCUUCCUGAACUAAGCAAACAGAAGCACGACUUUUUUGGUGUGUGCAUACCACUGCAUCCCAUCCUUCAGUUAAUUAAAAGAAAAGCUAAAACCCUGAGGAAAUAACUCUCAUUUUUUGUUUUCUCUUCUUCCUGUGACCUUUACGUGUGCUUCCCUUUUUAUCAGCAAGGCUGCAGAGACUAUGUAGUUAUUCUCUGCAAUAGUGGAGCCCUACUGAAAAGUGAUUACAGAGAGCCAUUGCUGGGAGAGGGGAGGUGAACACUCUUCCAGUCCUUCAGAAAGACCACAGACACCUCAGAGUGGAUUUCUGAAACUGUACAAUGAGGUUUGAGUUGGUCGGCUUACUGCAGCUAAAUAUUUUAUGGAGAAUUUAUCUGUUUGACUUACAGUUUUAUUGAGAUGGCUCUUUGUGGUUUAGGGAGUUUUGUUAGUAUCAGGUUUUUAGCAUUUUUCAGUGAGGAUUGUGGAUGUUUCCACAUUAACCGAUUUGUUUAAAAAAAAGAAAAAAAGAAAAAUCGAUGCUUCGCUUUUGUUUGAAGUUGAUAUAAAAAAAGAUUUGCAGUUUUCCAAGUGGGCUGUCCUCAAUUUCAAGGACAGCUCAUAAUUUAAAUGAUGUUCUCCUUCGUUAAUCCCAUGAUCAUGCUUUUGAUAUUAGUUGAAAACUUUCAAAAACAAACAAAAAAAAAAACCCAAAAAAACAAAAAAAACAAAUGUGAUCUUAUGAGUUAGUUAACUCAAGCUUCCAGUUUAGACUAAAGCGUCCCGCCAGUGUAAUUUUUCAUGGAUAGAGUCUCAUAAUUCCGAUUCAUAUUUGUGGGUUUAGCAUUUUUUUCUAACUGGUACAAUCCUGAUUAUUUUCUUUCACAUAAGUUCUCUGCAUUGCAAAGAUAACUUCUAGUUGAGUUGUGAACAUAGCAAGUUCUGUGCGUAGCAUUUGAACUGCCAAGAGAUUUGUCAGUUCUUCUGUAGGGCUUGCUGUUAUGUUAUAGAAAGAUUUCUUUAUAUUACUUCCCAUUCCACAGGAAAAGUAUUUUUUCUGACCUUUGUAAAUUUCGUGAAAGCAUGGGCUCAUUAAACAUUAAGUUGUAAGUUUGAGUUUGGGAGAUGUCCAAACCAGAAGACUGGAUUAAAAAUGCCUCACAUUGAGAAUCAGAGCAGGACUUGGAUCUCCACAGAAAUUAUGGAAUACUGGCUGGGGUGGACAAAAGGGGAAG